ACAGAUUAACCGGAUGUAGCCCAAACUUGUUCUACAACAUGGCUCUACGGGUGUUUUUGAGUAGAGUUACUGGGAAUGUUUUUUACAAACGCAGCUUUUGUUCUGAAGGCAAAACGAAUAUACACACAAGAAUUGUCGAUAUAUAUAAUUCAGAACCAGUUGGAUCGCAUUUGUUAGUUAAGGGUUGGGUGAAAGCUAUGAGAAAGAUGAAGGAACAUGUAUUUCUUGAUGUAAGUGAUGGUUCCUGUUCAAAAAAGCUACAAGUUUUGAUUUCUAAAUCAAGGCAACCCAAAAGUUUGACAUACGGUGCUGCAGUUGAAGCUGUUGGCUCACUUGUUACAAAUACAAAUGGACAGCUGGAGUUAGCUGCUGAAAAUGUGACUGUGAUUGGCCCUUGUAUUGUAAUAGAUGGUUACCCAUUUGCUCCUAGAAAGUCGUAUUCCCCAGAUUACAUACGACAGUUCUUGCACCUAAGACCUAGAACAAAUGCUUUUGGGGCUUUAUUAAGAAUUCGGGAUGCAGCAUCACAUGCUGUUAAUGAACAUUUUCGUAAUAAUGGGUAUAUACACAUUCAUACACCAGUCUUAACAUCAAAUGACUGUGAAGGAGCAGGAGACGUCUUUCAGGUAAAACCUGAAAAUGAAAAGACGGUUAAAGAUAUGAUGAAAGAUGGAAUGUCAAUGGAUGAAGCAUAUUUUGACUGCAAUACAUACCUCAGUGUUUCAGGGCAACUUCAUUUAGAGGCUGCUGUUAGAGGUCUGAGUAAGGUUUACACAUUUGGGCCAACAUUCCGUGCAGAGAACUCUCGUUCUCGGCUACAUUUAGCAGAGUUCUACAUGAUAGAAGCAGAAGCUGCAUUUAUUGAAUCACUAGAGGAGCUCAUGAACAUCAUGGAAAAUUUGAUAAAAAAUGUUACAAGCCAAGUGAUGCAAAAGUGUGCUGAUGAUGUAGAACUGCUACAUUCAUCUGAUGGAAAUGAAGGCCCUGUAGUAUCUCUUCUUCAGAAACCAUUUGAAGUCAUGACAUAUGAACAAGCCAUUGAUAUCUUAGGCAGGCACUCUGGAAAUUUUGUUUCACAAGUAAAGAAAGGUCAAGGACUCGGGAAAGAACAUGAACUUUACCUUGUGAAAUAUGCUGGUGAUUGCCCCAUCUUUAUCGUAGAUUGGCCCAGUGACAUUAAACCAUUCUAUAUGAAACAGAGUUUACAGGAUGUUUCAAAGGUUUCAGCUCUUGAUCUUCUAGCUCCUCAAGUAGGAGAACUCUGUGGUGGCAGUCUUCGUGAAGACAAUUUCUCACUUCUCCAGGAUAAAUUGCAGAAGUCAGGUUUGUAUGAAGCAUUGGGAUGGUAUUUGGAACUCCGAGAAUAUGGCAAUGUACCAUCUGCUGGUUUUGGAAUGGGUUUUGAAAGGUUCUUGCAAGUGAUCCUGGGUAUUCCAAACAUUAAGGAUACAAUACCAUUCCCUCGAUGGCCUCACAACUGCAAGUUAUAAAGUUAUAUCCAUUGACUGUAAUUUGUACAAUUUUUAAUUGAUUAAAGUGUUUGUGAUUGUUGUCCUUUA